GAUUAUUUAGUCAAUUAUUAUUCAGUUUAAAAAUAUUUCUAGUUAAAAAUAUAUGAAUCAAGAUGUCCUAAGUGACUAAAAUUACAUGAAUUUUACUGUAUUGAGUUGAAUAGAGGAAAAAAAAAAGAUACAGAAAAACUUUUCCGAUAAUAUUAAUCGUUGUAUAAUGAAUGUCGCGUGCGACGGGGGACGAUUAGUGCAGGUGUGACGAUGAGGUUUGAGGUCGGUGAGAAAAGAUGCAUAUUCCAAGUCUAGGCUCUAGGCGGCUGGUGAUGGAGAUCAUUGAUAUCUGUCUUCACUUCAGUCUAGGUUAGGGUCGAUUAGACACGGACCCAAGUAUCAGAAGGUGAAACAGAAGAAAAAAAAGAGAAGUUGGCUUUUUAAUUAGCCACAGAGAGGAAGAUGAGAGAAGAGAUGGUAAGUAAUAUUGAAGAAUCGAGGGAUAAUUUUUAAUGAAUGUUUGGCAGACUAAAGUGAGUAAAAAAGGGUGAAAUUAAUAUGAUGAGAAUUCAUAGAAUGAUGAGCAGUCCAUCGGAGCGUAAAGUUGGUGUGCUCGUGGCAUGGAAGGCGUGCCAGAGUCCGCCCAGCCCCUGCUGGUCGAGGGUCGCGAGGUCGCACGUCGACAAACCCCCCACUUCAAGUUCCACACUUGGUCCCUUCUCUCAAGCUUUAGCUUGAUAGAGCACGCGACGGACACGCCAAAGCGUCACCUCGUUCUCUUCACGCUCGUGGCCUGGCUACUCUAGAGAGAGCAGACCUCACCAGCACCAAGCAGAAGUAUAACCGUAACCCCCGAGAGUUAGUUCAGAUUCUCUGGACCUUUCAAACCAGUGAAUACCACUUGCUGCUCUUCUUGUUCAAUUCAUUCUUCAGUAGCUGCUGCUGCUGCUGCUUCUUCCCACUCUCUUCUCUCAUCUGGCUGGCUUUCCCUCUUCAGACACGCGAGAGUCCUUUACCUGCUGGCAAUCUGAAGCCUCGUGGUCGACCACCAACUCUUCAGUUCCUGCCAUCCACUCCACAACGGAGCCACACGGGAUCCAACAGUGUCACGCGAAUUCGUCUAAUUCGGGAUCGACCAGCCUUAGUGACAAGUGUCUCUUGAUCAUCAAAGUUUGAAGUGAUGAGGAAUCCUAUUCACGAUGGAUUUGUUUAGUGAAUCCAGCAUAUAAAUUAUCACUGGCUUCAGAAACACACACAGACAUCAGGAAAAGCACCUUUGGAUCUUCUUUCAUUCACUCAACGUCAACAGUUUUGAAGUGUCAGUAAGGAAAGGAAUUUUACCAGUCGUCAUCGUCGUCGUGUGACAACAUGCCGCAUACUGGUCAAGCUGGAGUGAAUCAAUUAGGAGGAGUAUUUGUGAAUGGACGACCUCUUCCAGACUGCGUCAGACAACGAAUCGUCCAAUUAGCACUUGUUGGGGUGAGGCCUUGUGACAUUUCACGACAGUUGCUCGUUUCUCAUGGAUGCGUUUCCAAGAUCCUCACACGCUUUUACGAAACAGGAAGCAUCAGACCUGGAAGCAUUGGGGGCAGUAAAACUAAGAAAUGUAUUUUCCAGCAAGUGGCAACUCCAACAGUAGUCAAGAAGAUCCUGAGGAUGAAGCAGGAGCAACCAACAAUGUUCGCUUGGGAAAUUCGUGAGCAAUUGGCACGACAAGGAGCCUGUGAUCCUCAAAGCUUACCAUCAGUAUCUUCAGUCAAUCGAAUUCUUCGAGGUGGUGGCUUGCACACUGAUCAUCCAAGUAUCGAUGCUGGAUCAUCUGCUACUUAUCAAGCUCACGUACCACCAAAUCCAGAAGCUCGAGAUGCCCUCAUGAGGACGGAUUAUCAAUUGUUUUAUCCUGGAUCACUUGGACCCCUGCACAUCACUACCAGUGGAUCAACUGGAGCUUCAAGUACACCCACGUGGAAUCCUGGCUUCUAUUCUUCACUCUAUCAAGCCACGACAUUGCAUCUGCAUCAUGGAAUGCAGCCAUUUACAUCCCUGGAUGCCGAGCGCCUAACUGAGCAACAAAAUAACCAAAGUGCUGGAGAACUAAAAUCAAGCUCAAGUUCAAUGGCAGGAAGUGAUGAUUCUUUAGACAAAAGUGAUUUAGAUGAUAACAAUGAGUCUCAAGAUAACUUCAAAUCAUUCCAAAGUUCGCCAAUAAUACUGGAAUUAGGUCAGAAAAUUGGCAGUGAUCGAAGUGCAUUUGUAAGACAUGGAACACCCAAUUCAUCAAGUACUUUUGAUAAUUCACGAACGAGUUCGACUUCUAGUGUUGCUGAAGAACAACCAAGUAGUCAUCAGACGAUACGAGAAGCUAACAUAGAUCAAGUUACAGUAGAAAACCAACCAGUUCAACCUCAAAGGAAGAGAAAUCCUUACUCGAUAGAAGAGCUAUUGAAAAAAGAUGAAAAUGAAGUAACGAGUAAACGACCAAGACUCAUUACUGCUGGAGUUGUACAACCUUGUGGAAUAAUUGUAGGCAAAGAAGAUUAGUUUGUUAACAAAUAUUAAGUCAUAAAUAAAUCUGUUCUAACAAAUGAAAAAAUUUUACAUUUAGGCUAUUAAAUUAUUGUAAAACUGUAGAGUAUAUUAUGUAUUAAAAACAGAUUAAUAA